AUCUCCUAUUUUUUCGGCGGUAUAAAUGAACAGACUUGGGCGUAGCGCUGACACAAACCCAGGCGUGGCUGCGGUACAGCAGGUGCUCUGCCGAACGAUAGUCCAUCUCAUAAAAGAAUAACUUCUGAAUAGUCUUUUUACAUAAUACAGCCAGUAUGCCCAAGUGCCCUAAAUGCAACAAGGAGGUGUACUUUGCGGAGAGGGUGAGCUCAUUGGGAAAGGACUGGCACCGUCCAUGUCUGAAGUGUGAGAAGUGCAGUAAGACGCUAUCGGCCGGCAUGCACGCUGAGCAUGAUGGGAAACCUUACUGCAGUAAUCCCUGCUACUCGGCUCUCUUUGGUCCUAAAGGCUUUGGACGUGGGGGCACUGAGAGUCACACAUUCAAGUAGUGAGGUUAUAACACUCUAGAAGAGUUGCUUUAAAGAAGGAAGAAGCCACCGUACAAGAAACUUUAUCCCCGUGUUUUUACACCAAAACAUCAACAAAAUAUUUCUUUAUUGCAAUUGGCUUUGUUCCUCAUUCAUUCCUUUUAACUAACAAAGCUGGCUUUAAUUGUGCCCACUCAAUUCUUGCAAAUAUUUUGAAGGGUAUUAUAACAAUUACUUAAUUUUUUUGUGUCCAAAUAAAAAUAUUUGGCGAUAAA